ACGUCGACUAUCAAGAGCAUAAACUAUGGAAGACAGGUGGAUAGGUUUAUUGUUGGCUAUCUCGUCGAGCGUUGCUAUCGGCAUGAGCUUUAUUAUCACUAAAAAGGGUCUACAAGAUUCUAGUAACAAAGCAGGCGAUAACUAUUCAGCCUCAGAUAAACUACUUUAUCUUAAGAACCCGAUUUGGUGGGCAGGUAUGGCUACAAUGGUCGUUGGAGAAGUAGCAAACUUCGCUGCUUACACUUUCGCACCUCCGGUGCUGAUCACCCCAUUAGGUGCUUUAUCUGUCAUCUUCGGCGCUAUCUUAGCUUCAUUCUUAUUACACGAAAGGCUGGGACCUAUCGGUAGAGUUGGCUGCGGUUUAUGCGUCGUUGGUAGCUUAGUUAUCGUCAUACACGCGCCAGAGGAUAAAGAAGUGGAGUCUGUGAAUGAUAUACUAAACUAUGCGAUUCAAUUACCAUUUAUUAUAUACGUCGCUAUAGUUGUCAUCUUUUCAGCUGUUAUGAUCUACAAAUUCGUACCAAAGUAUGGUAAAAAGACACCAUUAGUUUACAUUUCAAUCUGUUCGAUGGUAGGAUCAAUAUCAGUUAUGUCAAUCAAAGGUUUCGGUGUAGCUUUGAAGCUCACAUUAGCUGGAAACAAUCAAUUGACGCACGCCAGUACCUAUAUAUUUGGUAUAGUCGUCGUUGUAUGUAUUAUAAUACAAAUGAACUACUUCAACAAAGCAUUGGAUACAUUCUCAACUAAUGUUGUCAAUCCAAUUUACUAUGUUAUGUUCUCAACGGCUACAAUAAUCGCAUCAUUCAUCUUGUUCCAAGGAUUUUAUGAAACACCAACGAGGGAUAUCGUAUCAGUCAUUGCAGGUUUUUUGACUAUAUUUGCUGGUGUUUAUUUACUCAAUAAAUCACGACAAAUUGACGAAGAUGCCUUAGCUAGUAAGCAAGCGAUGCGUGGAACAGAUCCACGUCAUUCAAUAUCAGGGAGGUUAUCAUCAGCUGGCGCUGGUGGAACGAUGUUAGACCCACCGUAUGAGAGAGAAAGAGAUUACGAACAAUUUGAGUUACCAACCCACGAAACACAGGCAUUAAACACGCUCCCAGAGAGAGACGAAAGCGACGAUGGGAUGGAAGACUAUACGCAGAAAUACGACGUUGAACAAGGUAAAUACUAGAGUAAAAUAAAUAAAGGGAUAUUUCAAUCUGUUUUGUAACUUUAUAGUCCAUAUCGCUUCUUAAUAA